UGGAUCUUGGUCCAUUCGACCUAGCACAACAAGACCCCAGAAUUCGUGAAGUAGUGUACUGGGGCCCAGAAGAAAACAAGGGAGAUGAACCAGAAUAGGAGGCAUAACCAAGGAAAUACAGGACCGGUUCUCUUAGCUGACAGUAAGCCUAGGCUCAAAUGGACACCAGAGCUUCAUGAGCGCUUUAUGGAAGCAGUCAAUCAGCUUGGAGGAGCAUAUAAAGCUACUCCAAAAACAAUCAUGAAGCAAAUGGGGAUUCAGGGAAUUACCCUAAACCACAUAAAAAGCCAUCUUCAGAAGUACAGAAUGAGUGAGCAUUUCCUUGGACAAGCUAGUACUGAGAACACAAGGAAUGUGACUGGAGACACGAGGUUUGAAGCCAAUGGAGAGAGUAUCUACAAAAUACCCCUAGGUUCCCACACAAAUAAAAGCUUACAGAAGAGUACAGCACUGCAAAUGCUAAUUGAAGUGCCGAGAAGAUCCCAUGAACAGCUUGAGGUGCAGCAACACUUACAAGUACAGGUGGAAAGCCAGGAGAAAUACUCGCAUGCAAUUUUCAAGGGAGUCCACCGAACACUGGGAAGAGAGAAUCCCAGCCUAGAGGGAGGUAAAGGUGCAAGAGACCAGCCCUCUCGACUAGUCUUCAAAAUUCCAGAUAGAUACCAGGAUGCUUUGCACCCUAAGUUCACAGAAUUGCCAGGUCUGUGUGCUGAAGAAACACAAAUGAACCAUUUUCCUAACUUUUCAAAGAAUAGCUGUCCGACCUUGUUUGAAGAAUAUCAAAGUGAUAAAAAGAUGAACCACAACAUAGUGCACUUGGAAGCUUAUCACCAUGAUGUACCCCUAGCACCAAAAGACGUUGGAAAAUGGAGAACCUCUGACUAAUUACAAGCAUAGGGCUUCAAGGCUAUAAAGAAAGCAGCAGCAGCAGCAUCACCCCUGCAGCUCAAUUAUCAAUAAAGAGAAUACCAAUAAACCCUAGGUUGCUUUGUUUCACUGAAAACUUCUGCCAGCAAUCAAAAUCAAUUACUGUGAACUAUGAAUUGGAUAUUAUGCCGCCAUUAAGAAUAAAUUUAGUUUUAACUAAUAAAGCAUAAUGUUGUAGGCAUCUUUGUAGUGUCAAGAUAUAAAUAACAGAUAUUGCUCAAA